AUGUCAUCGACUGUAGAUGAGAUGGACGAUGCAGUCCCUGCAGCCGAACACCAUGAGGAAAUCGAUGAUGUUGUCGCCGAUCCAGACUAUGUACGAAGCCCAGAAAAUACUCGAUUGAGCAAGGAAACUGAGAUCGAGUCUUCGUCCGAUGAUGAGGAGCGCGAUGGCCGCUUCUAUGGACCCGAUAGCACCUGGAGACACUUCACUGAGGAGGAACGCGCUCUAGCCGCUAGUCUGGACCAGGCAGAAAACAACGACCUCACUAUCCAUCUCUACAACGCACAUGCUUUGAAGCGGCAAAACCUCGAUCCGCGACUACCUUCAAAUCCAGGGACCUGGCACAGCAAGCGCCGCUGGAUCACACGGUAUGAGAAUGGGAAGUCACCCUUUGUUCCACAUAUGAUGUGGACUGCUUGGCCACUGGAUACUGCAGAUGUGCCGAGACACCGAGAGCAGUGGGGUGUUCUGACUGUGAAUCCUGAUGUGGAACCCGAAGUCUACUCCAAUCCACGACCAUGGAAGCCCAGCCUGAUUCUCCAAGAGUCGUUAGAAGCAACAUUACUCCGUCAAGCCACUCAGCGUUUUCGCCAUCGCCAACGGCAGGAAGUCCGCGGGAAAUCGGGCGACACUGUUAGCAGUUCCCGAGCUCGCUCCUCUUCGGAGAAUUCAUGGUCUUCUGAAUCUUCUUCCGCCAAUUCAAAAUCAGACAGCGGCGAGGAGAGCGAUGAGGCCGAGCCAGAAGGAAACAAACCGACCUCUGUUGACGAAACGACCGAGAGAUACGACCUGUCGUUCACAGAUGACGAUGAAUCGGCCAGCAAGAUACUUCAGCCGACAGUGCAGCACAUCAUCUCAAAGCUCGACCAUCUCCUUCUUGGCCUACACAAAAGCCGCCUUGGUCACCGUCAAGAGCGAUCUUCGAGUCGCGGUCGAAAUGACUCUAGUUCUCGAUCCAAAUCGGGUACUCGUACGCCAAGUCGAGGACGCGCAUCUACAAAGCGCAAGCGAGUAGCCUCUGACGCUGCAGCUGCCUCGAAGAACCCUGAAUCUCGCGCAGAGGAGGAAUCUGAGCCGGAGACGCGAAAGGCGAGAUCGAAAACUCCCAAACGCGCUCAACAUCAACUCGGUGCACGAGACUGGGGCGAGGUGAUCGGAAUGGCUGCCAUGACAGGCUGGGAUCAAGCCAUCAUCGAUCGCGCAGCGCGGAGAUGCGCAGCCACAUUUGGCGAGACUUUGCAGAUGCGAAUGAUUGCAGAAGUCCCCGUCACAGAUUUUCGGGACGAUACCAUCGAAUAUGCUCCAAACAUGAUCUCCUCAAUGGAACAGGGACUGUGGAGUGACGAGGAUCCAUAUAAUAUGGAAUUCAACGAGGACGUCGACGAGAUUUCUGAUGAACAAGCAGGCUUUUAUUGUCCUUACACUGACUGCGAUCGGCACACCGACCCGUACGAACGACUCUGGCGCUUACGAGAGCAUCUCAAACGCAAACAUCAGCACCUCAAUGUCGACGAGGAAUAUCCAAUCACGAAGACGAAAAAGAGAGGAAGAAGAAGGAGCAGUACACGGGAGGCUGCUCGGCCAGUCACUACCUCUGUCAAAAGAGAAACAGAAGAGCUAAUUGACGGGGAGGGUUUCGAGUCUCCUACCAAGGCGACCGCUGUUCGGAUAGAUGGCUUCCUGCAACCAGUCACUGUCCGAACAACCAGAUCCACGGACAAGCAAAAGCGAAAACCACCAGCCUCUCGUAAGGAUACAUUUGAGCCUCGAGGUGAAGAUUACUCGAAGACAUCCGAGAAGUGA